ACCAUCGUUAAUGAAGAGACGACGAAGAAUGACGUCACUUCCGUAAACACAAAGCACUUGCAAUGUGUAAAGCGUGUACCGGGUUUAUUCUGUCAAUGUGUCCGAUAUUAAUGUUUCCUUAACGUCUGCGAUGUCUCAUACCAAGUCCUCCUGCACAACCUCCAAUGACAAAAACCAUUGCGUGAGCAAAAGAAGUAAAGAUGGUUCAGAUGCCUCUGCUGAGAAAGACUCAGUGUUAGGGAACAACAACUCCAGCAGUCCAGACAGCAGUGUGAGGGAGCGAGUGUUAAAGGAGGUCGGACUCACCAGCUCCACCUUCAUUGGUCCAGCAUUUCCCCCUCCAAAAAAAAAGAAAAAAGUGAAGUCUGACAUUGAAGACACACUGAGCGAGUUUUACAAAGAGCUAGAGCAGAUCGAUACCCCUGAUGGUGCCAAUGAGAACCAAGAGAAACAAGAUGGAGGAUUUGUGCAACCAUCUUUACCUCUCACAAGAUCUUACAACAGAGAUACUUAUGAUGUGAGAGGGGAGUAUCCUGUAAACACAGGAUACUCUGCAGAUACAGAUGGCUACCAGAGAAGCGGUGGACAGGCACAUCCGCCCUGGCCACACUGGUAUGAAAAUGAGCCGUACCUCCCCAGAAGACCUAGACCAGGUCUGGACCAAAGCUCUGCUAGAAGUUCUUCUCCUCAGAAUCAAAGGCAUUAUCCUCAACCACAGAGCAGACCCCCAAACCCAGGAUUUCACAGACCACCAUUUCGUCCUCCACCACCCCCACAUGCAUUCCCAAGUCAGCAAAAUUCCCCAUCACACGUGACUAAAAACUGGACCAGUUCAGGCUUCACCAACCAGCGUCAAGACGACUCUCAUUUCCCACCAAUUCCUAACUUCCCACCUCCGAAUGUAAGCAAUCAACCACCUCAGGACUUUCAUAGAAAUUCCCCUCACCACUUUGACAGAGAUGAACGAGUCUCAAGCUACGGUGUUCACUCAGAAAAGGUAGACUUUGGAUGGUCCACUGAUAGAAAAGAACAAUGGUGUGAGUUCAGUGAAGAUUAUGACUGGCGCCACAGAAAGGAUUCAGAGAGUGAACAGUGGGAGCGUCACCACCCGCACCCUGAUAAAACCAAUGCACACAGUUCCUCCUUGGUGCUGAUCUUGAUGAGGGGACUACCUGGAUCUGGGAAAUCCACUCGGGCCAGAGAGCUGCUCUCAACAGGUCCCAGUGGGCUGAUACUGAGCACUGAUGACUACUUUUCUCUCAGAGAGGGAUACCGCUAUGAAGCAGGACUCCUCGGGGCGGCACAUGAAUGGAACCAAAGAAGAGCUGAAGAUGCGAUGCGCGAUGGCCGGUCUCCCAUCAUCAUCGAUAACACAAACAUCCAAGCAUGGGAAAUGAAGCCGUAUGUUAAAAUGGCCAUGGAGAGAGGAUACAGAGUUGAUUUUUGUGAGCCUGACACCAGCUGGAAGUUUGAUCCUUCUGAGCUGGAGAGGAGAAACAAACACGGUGUUCCUCAGGAGAAAAUCGCUCACAUGAUGGAUCGGUUUUCAUUUCCCAUAUCUGUGGACAUCGUCAUGAGUUCCCAGGAGCCGCAUCACGUGAACCAGAGACAUCCGCCAGAGAGGGCUCCCAUGAUGUGGAAACACUGAGACUUCAGUCAGAAAUUACAGAUAAAUAACCAGCCAAAUAUUUGCCUGGAAGAACAAAACUUUAGCAGUGAUGUAAAUUUUGUUAGUUACUGUUUCUGCAUAAUUUUUCAUAAAUUAUUUUGUUCAAUGUAAUUUUUGUAAAGAGAAAAGAAAUAUAUUUUUUCUAAGGGAGUUUUCAUAAUUGUUAUAUGUAACAUCUUUGAUAAGAAAAGUAAUCUGCAUAAUUUUAGCAUUUUGUAUUAAAAGUCUGAUAUUGCAGUUUUGUUCUGUCACAGUUUGUGUGCUCUGUACUAAAUGCAACAGAAAGGAGACUGUCAGGGCUGACCUUAUAUGCCUCGAGUUAGUUUUCUACCAUAAUCGAUUUCCAGUUGGUUAUUAAAAUUGUUUCUUGUGUCUUCUGAUACCCUGAAGUCAGCAGAGCAGAUGCUACAGUUGUCAAUUCUGGUAAACCACAAGUUUAUAUAAACAAGUUCAAAACUCAUAAACCUCUUUGGUUGUACCAACA